CCGCGUUUCCGGUCUGGUGGCUCCGCUCUCCCCGGAGGGCUGUGUUGCGCGCCAUUCUUUUCCCGGCGGAGCUGAGGGAUCGCUGGCCCGGGGUCUGGCGUGGAGGUGCCUGCGCGGCCCUGCGGCGAGCCGGGUAGCUCGGGGCGGAGAGGGUCCGAGCGAGCGCCAGUCCGUGUGGAUUGAGGGGCGGGCGAGGCGGAAGCCCGCGCCGAAGUGGGAGUCCAGGCUACCCCUGCGCUGAGGCAGGGCGGCGUGGGGGCGAGCCAGGCCUCACGGAGGAGGAGAAACUUGGGCGCGGUCAGGGGAUGAACCGAGUGGUUUUUUUCUCGGAAGAGGGAGAGUACUUUUCGCUCAUCAGGAGUAGGUUCAGUGAAAGGAUGAGGUCGCGAGGGCUGUGCGGUGAAGGGGCAGUGGCUGCCGGCGGGAGAGGGAAAGGCAGGCGAGAACAACCCCAGCGUUCCUUCGUUCAUUUGUUCAGCAGGCGCUCAGUUCACAUUUCCUUGACGAUGAUAGUUACGAUUACUUAGUGUUUUCUGUUUGUGCUUUGCGAACACUGUGCGAGGCGCUUUAUACACUUUUUUGUUUUAACUCUAAAUAGUCAGUAAAGGUAAGUGUUUCUGUUCUUGUUUUAUGGUCGGUGAGGAGCGCGGUCACUUACCCGGCACCCUUGCAUUAGUACGCGGUGUACCCAGGAUUGGAACUCAGUCCUGUUGGAGUCCAGAACGCAUGCUUCUAACAGCGGCGUUAUGUGCCUCCCAAUUGAGGUUGAAAGUGAAGGCAGAGCGCGUUCGGAGGGACCACUUGUGAGUCACAAAGGGCAUGAGCGCCAGGGGCCUGUCUAAGGCAAACUCUGGCUGAGGACCAGGAGGUUACCCCUGGCCCAAGUGGCCUGAGGUGGAGGCUCAGGGAAGGCCCAGGAGAAAUGAACUAGGCAUUAAUAGGCUUGGGUUCACUCAGUUAACCUGUCCAACAGAGGUUUGCGUGAUGAAGGUCGGGCAGACAGGUUUGUUCUGCGUUGUGUCUCAGGUUCUCUUGGGUUUUCCUUCAUGGUCAUUCUAAACAGAAGUGUUUCUCCUUUCCUUUUUUUCAUCAGGUAGGAAAAGCCUUACCUGAAAGCCUCUUGGCAAAUUUUGCUUAACAUCUUGUUGACCAGACUAGGCCUUGUGGUCACCUAACGCCAGAGUAGCUGGAUCAAGGAAAAAGGGCACGUUUCUACUGAACUAAGGAGUCUGUUUGCAUGGAGGGGGUCUCCCAGGGUAGAGGCUGGCUGUAUAUCAGAAGCCAGUUUGGAAGGGUUUCCUGGGGGUGACACCCUGUGACACCUGUCAGCUUAAAAUGUAACCAGAUCUGUGGUUUUCUAAAUGUCAUGUGUAUACUGAAAGUUUCCAGUGUAUACCCAGCCAGCUUCAACCUCUCUCUUGAAAUUUGGGCAUGUGUAUCCAAAUGCCCUAAUUCUCUACAUGUAUGUCUAUUAGUUAUCUUAAACUUGACAUGUGCAAAACAACUUUUAAUUUUUAUCCUUCAAAUGUACUGCUACAGUCUUAUCUUUCUAGGUAGUUGGAAGUUUCAUCAUCUCAGUUAUUUGGGCCAAACAUCUUGGUGUCUCAUCCCACGUUAAUUUGUAAGCAAAUCCUAUUGACUGUUCCUCUGAAAUGCAUCUAGAAUCUGACCACUUACCACCUUCUGCUGCCAUCUGGUCCAGAACACUAUUGUGUCUGGCUGUAUUGUUGCUGGGGCCUUCCACCCUGCCGCCUAACCCCUAGUCUAUUUUCAGAGCAGCAGCUGAGCUGGAGAAGCCACAGGUCAGGUCACAUCUCUCUGCAGAGACCUUCCAGAUGCCUCCCAGCUCAUUCAAUGAGUAAAAGCCCAGUCCUGUAUUCUACAAGGCACCCACCCUCUUCUCUCUCGCCCUUGCCUACUCUGCCUCAGCCCCUCUGGCCUCCUUGCCCUUCCUCAAGCACAUCAAGUGGGCUUGCACCUCACAGCCUCUGCACUUGUGCAACCCCCACCUGGGGUAUAUCUCCCUGAUAGCUACACAGUGCCUGCCCUCACUCCAUCCAGAUCUCUGUUCUGAUGUUACUUUAUCAGAGGUACCUUUCCUGGCUGUCUUUUGUAAAAUAUCUCCUACCACCACUUGCUGCCCUCAUUUCUGUUCCUUAACGUCACCUGACACAAGCCUUACCUCCGUCAGCCUCCGUACUGGCUUGUGCUUUGCCUUAGAGUAGGAGCCUGUUCUGCUCGAUCUCAGCUGCUUGCCCACCGCCCAGGACUUUCUAGGUGGGCCUGAGAUGCAGCACAUUGUCUCCCCCAGCCAAGUGCACUACUAGGGACCUGGCUUUCAUCCCAGCACCACUGGCUGCUAGGGAGGCCUCGUGGCAGGCAAGGGAACAUACAGUCUCAGGCCACUGGGUACUUGGUCCACGUGCCCUUCCUGGGGAUUUCAGGUAACCCCAAACUAGGUCUCUGCUGCCACAGACCUCUUGAGGUACUGGCGCAGAUGUUUCAGAGUUGCCAUGGGGAGAGAAAGCAGGUCAAGCUCCAUCACACUGUUCCCCCUGCAGCUCUGCCUUCCUCUGGACAAGCUCAGAGACCCCAUGAUGGCCGUCAGGCAGCUCCUUCCUGGUGGACCCCAGGUCUUGGUUUCUUUCGAGGAUGUGGCUGUGCUUCUCUCCCGGGAGGAGUGGGGCCAUCUGGGCCCUGCUCAGAAAGGCCUGUACAGGGAUGUGAUGCUGGAAACCUACAGGAACCUGGUCUCGCUGGGACUUCAAGGUUCCAAACCAGAUGUCAUCUCCAGGCUGGAGCAGGGGGAAGAGCCAUGGGCCCCACACUCACCAAGAUUUGAGGGGAGCUGGGUCUGGAGACACAGGAGUCAAGGUUAUGAGUCUAGGAUGGAUAAAAGGGAGUUGACUCCAAAGCAGGAAAUUUCUGAGGAAAUAGAAUCUCAGAGAACAGAAUCAGAAGAACACGUAAGGACUGCUUCCAAGGAAUAUGAUUUAGAGGAGAUGAGUAGAAGUGAGAGAAAGCUAAAGAAUUGCUGGGGAACAUUUGCAGUGGAGGGCCUUGGGAAGGGCCCCCCCCAGAAGAGCAGUCUCAGGCCAGUGACAGUGACACGAAUGCAAACCCCCACAGGGGAGGGAGGCCCGAACGGCAGCCCCACUGAGGUGAACUGCUCUGCAGAUGCAAACCCCGUCAGACACCGCAGACUCUCUUCAGGGGAGAGUCUCCGCCAGGAUGUGUCACAUGCAGAGAACGCCCAGCCGAGUGAGGACCUCACAAACCUCCAGCGUUUCCAUGUAGGAGAAAGAGCGUGCCAGGCACCCGGGUUUGUGAAAAUGCCCAGGCAGAGUUCACUUUUCAUUGAGAACCAGAGGAUUCACUGUCCAGAAAAACCCUUUGAAAAGUGUGCUGAGUGUGGAGAAGCUGUCAGUCAGAGCAGAGCCCUCACAGAGCAUCAGAGGGCUCACAGUGCAGAGAAGUCCCGCACGUGUGAGGAACACAGUGAAGCCUUCCCUGCUCCUCCCUGCGUUGCUCAGGACUGGGACCCUCGCACUGGAGAAUGGCCCUACGAGUUUAGUGAGUAUGUGAAGGCUUUCAGUGCACACUCGCCUGACGGUCAGCAUCUGAGAGUUCACACAGUGGAGAAGCCUCAUGAGUGCAGGCAGUGUGGAAAGGCCUUUGGUCACAGCUCUCACCUGACUCGUCAUCAGAGGACCCACAGUGGGGAGAAGCCCUACACGUGUGAGGAGUGUGGGAAAGCCUUCAGUAGACAGUCGCACCUCACGCAGCAUCGGAGAACCCACUCUGGAGAGAAACCGUAUGACUGUGCUGAGUGUGGCAAAGCCUUCAGUGCACGAUUAUCUCUCAUUCAGCAUCAGAGAGUGCACACAGGAGAAAAGCCCUAUGAAUGUAACGAGUGUGGAAAGUCCUUCAGCCUGAACCGAACCCUCAUUGUUCAUCAGAGAAUUCACACUGGAGAAAAACCUUAUGGGUGUGAUGAGUGUGGGAAAACGUUCAGUCAAAGGGGACAUCUUAUUCGGCAUCAGCGAAUCCACACUGGAGAGAGACCCUUUGAGUGUAAGGAGUGUGGGAAGGCCUUCAGCCAGAGUUUUAACCUCGUUCACCAUCAGAGGACACACAGUGGCGAGAGACCCUACGGGUGUAAUGAGUGUGACAGGGUGUUCAGCGCACUCUCCUCUCUCGUCCAGCACCAGAGAGUGCACAACGGGGAGAGGCCCUAUGAGUGCCACCGGUGCGGCAAGGCCUUCAGCCAGGGCUCACACCUGAACCGGCAUCAGAGGAGUCACACUGGGGAGAAGCCUUACGAGUGUAGCGAGUGCGGGAAAGCCUUCGGACAGGUGUCUACCCUGACGAAGCACGAGCGGACGCACAACGGGGAGAAGCCCUACGCGUGUGAUGUGUGCGGGAAAGCCUUCGGACAGGUAUCUACCCUGACCAAGCACGAGCGGACGCACAACGGGGAGAAGCCCUACACUUGCAGCGACUGUGGGAAGGCCUUCAGCCAGAGCGCACACCUCAUCUGCCAUCAGAGAAUCCACACUGGGGAGAAGCCCUACGAGUGCGGCGACUGCGGGAAGGCCUUCAACGUUCGCUCUUCCCUGGUGCACCAUCACAGGACUCACACUGGGGAGAAGCCGUACGAGUGCAGGGACUGUGGCAAGGCCUUCAGCCAGCGCUCUCAGUUUAUUCGGCAUCAGAGGAGUCACACUGGAGAGAAACCCUACGUGUGCAACGAGUGUAAGAAAUCGUUCAGUGUCCGCCUGUCCCUUAUUCAACACAGGAGGAUUCACACUGGAGAGAAGCCCUAUGAAUGCACUGAGUGUCAGAAAUCCUUCCGACAGCGCUCCCACCUCAUGCGACAUCAAAGAACGCACAGUGGAGAGUGA